AUGUCCUCCGAGCUGAGAUACACCGCAAACACACAGUUGGAGCAUUUGCACGCUCGUUACACGGGUACCGGCCAUGCAGACCUGACGAAGUAUGAAUGGCUAACCCACCAACAUCGGGACACUCUUGCAUCAAUCGUGGGGCAUCCCACCCUUGCAUCUUACCUGGCAAUCGCUGAUGGAGAGGCAGUCGGAAGGGUGAAGUUUGAGAUGACUGAGCGUAUGCUCCAACCUUGUGGCCCCCCUCCAGCUAAGGAUGAUUGA